AUGUUAUGUCAAACUCGAUGGUGUUCAACUUCAGCUUCCCGAAUUCCAACUUUUCUAACAAAACAUCCAAUUUUAAAGGCGAAAAAAGAAAAAUCAGAAGGUGAAGCUGCAAGUUUUGUUGAUUAUCGGAGAGUUCGUUGUAUUGGUGGAAAUGGCGGAAAUGGAAUGGUAUCAUUUUUUCGCGGAUAUCGAAAACCAUUUGGUGGACCUGACGGAGGAGAUGGUGGAAAUGGGGCACAUAUUAUAUUUAAAGCUAAAAAAUAUAUUAAAGAUUUAUCAACUGUUCAUUCAAUUAUUCGAGCACAAAAUGGAGAAUUUGGAAGGUAAAAAUACCGUAUUUAUUUAUUUAUUCAAAUAAUAUGCCAAUUUUUAAAAUUUAGAUCAAAAUCUUGUCAUGGAAAAUCAGCUGAUCACAAAGAAAUUGAAGUUCCAAUCGGAACUACAUUCAAAGCAGAUUCAACAACAGUUUUCGAAUUAAAUAAUGAAAAUGAUAUAUUUAUUGGUGCACGUGGCGGAAUUGGGGGAAAAGGAAAUCAAUUUUAUGUAUCAAACGAAGUUCGAAAACCAUUCAAAGCUGAAUUUGGUGGACAAGGCGAAGAACUUGUUUAUGAUAUUGAAAUGAGAGUUAUGGCAACUGUUGGACUUGUUGGUUUUCCAAACGCUGGAAAAUCUUCAUUACUUCGUGCAAUUUCUCGAGCAAAACCAAAAGUUGCUUCAUAUCCUUUUACUACACUUCGACCACAUAUUGGUGUUGUUUUUUAUGAAGAUUAUGAACAGAUUUCUGUGGCUGAUAUUCCUGGAAUUAUUGAAGAUGCCCAUUUGAAUCGUGGAUUAGGAGUUUCAUUUUUGAAACAUAUUGAAAGAUGCAGGUAGAUUUUGAAAUCAGGAUAAUUGAGAAAAAUCAUUUAUUUCAGAUUUCUUUGGUAUGUUCUCGAUUAUUCGUCUGAAAUGGAUCUUCUCGAACAAUAUGAAAAACUAAAAUUUGAACUUGAAGGCUAUAAAAAUGGUUUGAGUCAACGAGCUUCGACUAUUAUUAUCAACAAAAUCGAUUUAUGUUCGAGUUCGGAAGAGGUAAAUAUAUUUUGCUAAAAAUUUUGAAAUUCACGUUUUCUGUAGGAAAUAACAAGACGACUAUCAAAUUUAAAUAUUCCGAUAUUCACAGUUUCUGCAAAACAUUCAACAGGUCUCGAACCGAUUUUAAUACAUUUACGAGUACAGUAUGACAACAAUGAAAACGAUAAUAAAUGA